UGCUGUCACCCUCGUCCUCAUGAUUUUCUUAAUUUGGUAUUCAAGAAAAUGUUGCACCUGCUUCACAGCCCCUAUUGUGCAAUCCACACAACAACUUGCUGGUCAAGACGAGGAGUUACCAUUCAUCGAUUUUAAAAGCAUAGAGAUGGCCACAAAUUAUUUUUCUCAAGAAAAUAAACUUGGUCAAGGAGGAUUUGGUCCUGUAUACAAGGGAAUAUUAGCCAAUGGUCAAGAAAUCGCGGCAAAGCGACUCUUAAAAAUGUCUGGACACGGAGUUGAACAAUUCAAAAAUGAAGUUCUAUUGAUCUCCAAAUUACAACAUAGGAAUCUUGUCAGACUUUUGGGUUGUUGCAUUCAAGGAGAUGAGAGGAUAUUAAUCUAUGAGUACCUCCCAAAUAAAAGUUUGGAUUCAAUUCUUUUUGAUGCAAGAAAGAAAGUUUGUCUUGAUUGGGGAAAGCGUGCCUCCAUAAUUGAUGGGAUUGCUCAAGGGCUUUUGUACCUUCACAACUAUUCAAGACUAAAGAUUAUACAUAGAGAUUUGAAAACAAGUAACAUAUUGUUAGAUGUUCACAUGCAUCCCAAGAUUUCAGAUUUUGGAACUGCCAGAAUAUUUAAAGAUAGUGAUUCUCGAGCAAACACAAAAAGCAUUAUUGGGACCUAUGGAUACAUGUCUCCGGAAUAUGCCAUGGAUGGUUGUUUCUCAGAAAAAUCAGAUGUUUUUAGCUUUGGAGUCAUGGUAAUGGAGAUUGUAAGUGGAAAGAGAAACAAUGGCUUCUACAAUCCAGAUCGUGUUUCAAAUUUACUUGGUUAUGCCUGGGAUUUAUGGAUAGAAGGAAAAGUUUCAGAUCUAAUAGAUUCAACAAUGAACAAAAUAAUUCCAGUUAUUGAAGGAACAAGAUAUAUCCAAGUAGGUUUGCUAUGCGUUCAAGAUAGUGCGACAGAUAGACCAACUAUGACCGAUGUGGUAUCCAUGCUUGGUAAUGAAUCAACAAUCUUACCGAUUCCUAAGCAACCUGGUUUCUCUGCCAUCAUUGGUUUAAAAUGUGGUGAUGUUGCUAAUAAUUCAAGAAUUUACUCCGUUAAUGAGGUCACAAUUACAGAGAUCGAUGGGCGAUAGCCACACUUGGUACAAAUUACUCUAUUGCUGCGCAAAUACUUUUUGUGUCAAUUUUGGUGCUAAAAUAAUUAUAAACUUCAUCAAAGAUUGUGACAUGUCUAAUUGCAAUUUGACAUCAUUUCUUUGAAUGUAAUGCUUUUAAAAUAGUUUUCAAAAACUACAUAUUGAAUAUUGUAAGACAAGCUUGUGUUCAUGAACAAUCUCUAUCUUUGCCUU